AAAAAAAAAAAGACCUUUCCUUCGUCCCCUUCUGUGGAAGACAAGCAACAUCGAUAAUUUUUCGCUAACUCUAGAUGUAUAUUUUUAAUGAGUCAUCACGUAAUAAAAAAGGUCGCUUUUACGAGGUUAAAUUUCCUUGCUUACACUACACAGAGACAGAAAAGGGAAGCAAAAUUUUUACCAGAAACAACGAUUACUAAUUUUUCCAAACGAAGAUAAACGAAUGUGUUGCCGAGGUAAAGCAUGAUGUACUGUUUACAUGACGUGUCAGGUCUGAAGGAUUUUACGAAAUCGCCAUGACAACUCUUGAAGGGGAGCCAACAACACUUAAUUAAUAUCAGUCUGAAAAAAUAUUCUGAGAAGGAAUAAGUUUCUUUGCUGUAUUAUCGAUCAUUUGCUCAGCUAUGCUCGAGAAUAUUGUAGUGUUUCUUCCGAACCUUGGACUUGUUCGUUCAAUUGGGUUGAGAGACUGGGCUCCACUUUCUUGUAACCAAAACAGUUGUGGGUCUCUGCUGUUGCGAUCCGAAGCUAGGGUGUGGAAGAAAGUUGGCAUCGAAAUUUAGCUGCACCAAGAGCCUCCUUUGCAGCGAAAUCACGAUGAAACUCUCCCUAUUUAUCUCUUCGUUACUUGCCAUGAUUGUCGCAUGUCCAAACUUGGCAGAAAGUGCAGGAUCCUGGACUUACCGCGACCCGGAGGGACCCGACACGUGGAAACAUCACUACAAGGAUUGCGAAGGUCACGAACAGUCUCCGAUAAACAUUGUACCAAAAGAUACUUUUUUCGAACCGGGACUUGCCGACUUAGUUGUCAACUACGAGAAAAGCGUUUCUGCUAAGCUAUUCAAUAACGGACAUACCGUUCAGGCGACUUUUUUAACCGGCAAGUCCAAUAUUUCGGGUGGAAAUUUGACUUCGCAUUUUCGCGCUCUGCAAAUGCACUUUCACUGGGGCAGCGAGAAUUCUCGCGGUUCAGAGCAUCAGGUCGGUGGAAGAAAAUUUCCCUUAGAGAUACACAUUGUACACUACAAUGCGGAAAAGUACCCUAGCGUAUCGGAGGCUGUGGAUAAAGGAGAUGGCUUGGCAGUUUUGGGAAUAUUGGUCGAACUGCAAGUGCAAGACAACCCGGUUUUCGAUGUGAUGGUGGAUAACCUCGACAAAGCUCGUUAUAAAGGCAACGAAGUAAUUUUGCCUUCUCUACAACAUUUUUCAUUCUUACCACACGACAUUGCUCAAUAUUACACUUACAGAGGCUCACUUACUACUCCUGGAUGUUUUGAAAGUGUGCAGUGGUUUGUUUUCAACCACACAUUUCCUAUAUCCCAAGCUCAACUGGAUAAAUUUAGAGAUCUUUUUGACAGUGAAAAACAAGACACUAAGAAAUUGCCCUUAGUUGACAAUUACAGACCCGUCCAGCCUCUAUAUGGGAGAUCUGUCAUCCGAAGCUUCCAGCGCCCUCCUUUUCCCUGUGGCAAGACAUCAAACAAAACUUUGGAUUGCUUGGGAUUCGCUGAUGACAAGGCAGUAUUUUAUGAAGCAACAGUCAAUAUGUGCACUCUACCAGCCACAGUAACCUUAAAAGUUUCUCAACCAGAGACCAAUUUUUAUUAUGUUGGAACAUUUUACAAAAGCGUCAACCCCCCUUUACAAAUAGGAAAUCUUGAUUAUGCAUUCACUGUGGAAAUGCACACAGACCUAAGUCAGAACAAUGAGGAAACAUUGCGUGUCUCAAUUAUUCAAGUUCAUCCACUGUCCACAGAGUACAAGAAAGAACUCGUAACAGCAAAUUUCAAGGAAGAAAAAUGCCAACUUGGAAGUUGUUCCCUGAUGGAAGAGGAUGGAUCUAUGUGUAACAGGCACUGGUGUGAACACAUUCCUAUUGGCUUCGGCAAAGAUACUCAUUACAUUGGCGUGUCGUCUACCUUCCAUGAUAUGUCAACUGACAAUCCUUCAGUUGAUGUUAAUUUUUAUCGCAAUAAGACUGGGAAAUGGCAUCGUACUGCCUCCGAAAAAUUUACCAAUGAUGAGGAAAAAACGGUUCACUUAUUGGAGACAUUUGUGGAUAGUAAGGUGCACACAAGAAAAAGAAGAAUGGCUGAGGGAUCCCCAAAGUGGGAGUCUGUAACAUUCAAAGCCAAGAUUGGCAAAGUGGGGGAUAAAGUUUCUUACCAGCUGUUUAUGGUGUCUUCUGAGAGACUGUAUCAUAAAGUUAUAAAGGAUGAAUUCUCACCAGACUGUGAAAAGCCUCCUACUCCAAAGACAACACUAGAUUACAAAACCAAGAUUGCUAUUGUGGCAACAGUUGCGUCAAUGGUGGCAUUACUUGCAGGUGGCACUCUGUCCAUGUUUUACUGCAAGAGGAAAAAUUUUAGGGGCUGUCACAAGGCUUCACUCAUUCAAGACCAGGAUGAUAAUAGAUUGUGAACUUAGGGAUGAAACCUUUGGUGUUGGGAUCAUUGUAUUUAUAUCAUUAACUGUAAUUGGAAAUUCAAUCUUUAAGUUUGACUGUUCACUUAAUAUGAAACUUUAAUUUUUUUUUUUAAUGCCCAGUUGCAUGCCUUGGCUGUUUAAAAGGAUGUUAACGGUGAUCCAGGAUUAAAAGUUAAGUGUUAGGGCUCGUGAUUUGAGGGGUUUUAUACCUUGGCGAAAGACAAAAUUGGAAGAAAAGAUUAUAAACAAUUAACCCUAAUCUUAACUCCAAAGAACUGAUAUUAUUAAAAUAAAUUCUUCCCUCUAGCUGCUACACAUUUCCUUGUUAGCGAGUCGUGAGAAUUUGGUUUUAGAUCACGAACACAACUUCAGAGUACCUGAUAACUUUGAGUAUUCUCACUACUCUUUUGCUGGAUAAUGUAUGGAUAUUGUAGGGAGAAGUUUCAGGUUAAUCACCAUUGGGAGUUGAGAUUUAAAACCUCGCCUAGCUUAAUCAUGUUUUGAACAAUGCAGCCUGGGCCUGUUUUUUUUUUUCUUUAACUUGGAAUAAUUAAUUUAUUAAACUAUCUUUGAAAGAGAUGGACAUUCAUUCUGGACACUAUUUAUAUUUUUCCAGUUUGUUCAUUGGCUAAUUUAAAUAUUCUGCUUUGUUAGGUCAUUGUAAAUAUUAAAUAAUUUGCAAAAGGGAAUAUGUGGUAGUGAUAGUGAAAAUUAUCAAGCAUAUUUCAGUGUUCUCCUCUUCAGUUGGUAACUGGCUAAAAUUUUGUACCUCCCCAAAUUAUUGCCUGAAAUAUCUUGGAACUCUCGAUAAUUUAUAAUUAUCUCACUGUAAUUGAAUACAUUGCAACAAUGAGAGCCAAUCGGAUGACAAGGAUCACCAGCGAUUUCAAAAUGAAUGUAAUUGUAUUGUACUUAUUGUUUUAUGCAGAGCCCCAUUUAACCAGCAUAUGCUGAACUGGGAAUCUCUGCUAAAAUAUUGUUGAUAAAUAAAUAAAUGAAAUGGGAAAAAGCAUCUUUGCUUUACUGGUUUGAAAAUUUCUUAAAACAAUCUUGCUUAAAAUUAGCGAGAACUCAGUUUUUGUGAUGUACUUGGUUUACUAUCAGCUUUGUUUAUGAGAAGUUCUGCAGAGCAGGAUGUAGUACCCAGCUCAUUUUGAGCAUUACAUUUGUAUUAUUAUAGUUAAAAUUGUGUGCCAAUGAAUUCAGUUUUGUGUAAUUGGUAAAAUUAUCAUAAGUUAAGGGUGUUUGUUAUCUAAGGUGUCUGUAACAGUGUGAAUUAAAUCUCCAAAACAAUGAAUAAAUAUGACUGAGUAAAAA